CGUUCAAGUACUUCUAUGUAUUCGAGGUUCUGGUUGGUAAUUGCAUUUUUGACUUAUCGCAUUCGUACAAAUAAUGUUAGUGGCCAGUGUCACACAGCCGAAUACUCUGUGAGAGGAAUGUACCUCCGUGGUCACACGUUUAAAAACGUCCAAGUGGAUUUACAUGAGACGUGCUACUUCAAGUGCACGGAAGAAGUCACAUGUCAGAGCUACAACUUCGUCAUUGGUCUUAACAUAUGUGAGCUAAACAAUCGUACAAAGGAAGCAAGACCAGAAGAUUUUUUGCCAGAUGAGAUGAGAUACUACAUGAAGCGUCUUACUAACAGAGUACCCCUAGGAUCUAUCGCCGAGCUUCCAGCUGAAUCGUGCACAGAGGUUAAAGCAAGUGAAGGAAAUGAUGUGGAAAAUAAGAAACACUGGAUAUACUCUGAUGAGAAAAGUUUGCCAAUAGAGGCUCUUUGUGAAGGUAGCUGGCAGAAGGUAAAUGGUGAAGAUUCUAUCUGCUUUGGAGCGAGAGAUAACCAGUAUGGUUCCGUGACAAUCCCCAAAAGUGGACGUCUCCGAGCCAUGAAGCUCAUCCACAAAUCAGGAUCAGUACGCUGCAAUCGCAUAACUGGCUCAUCGUUCUGGGGUUGCACUUACCGUGCAUAUAAUGGAAAACUGUCGACAAUUAUAACAGAUGCUGAUAAAAACGCCGUCCUACCUCCUGAUGAAGACCUAGAAGGGUUUGAUGUCUCACAAUCUCACGAAUGUGGCACCGAAAAACACUUUUACAGUCUCGAUGGGACCAGCCACAAUUCUACUGUACUGGUUUUUCGCAACCUUUCGAAUCCGUUGUCUGUGUCACGCGAUCAAGAGUUGCAGAUAUGGUACGGGCAAGAUCUGAAAGACUGUUCGGAACGUGGGAACAGUGGUGAAACUUGUGUUGAUGUGUUUGCAUGGUACGAGUAAGAGAACCGUCACUCAGAAAAAAUUUCAAUCGAGUACCAAAAGUCAGCUUUCGUUUUGUUUUACUUCGUUCUUUGGUUUA